UGCCAGGAGUUGCUGCUGGCAACACACAUUCCUGGAACUUCAGCAGGACCUAGGAUCAUGGCUCUCUUCUCUUCUUUAACUCCUGUGUUUAUUGCUAUUUUAUGCAUUGUAAUUGUGGCUGUGCUGAAAGGAUUUAAGAAGAAAAGCAAAAAGCCUAAGGCACAGACAACAUCCACAUCUGAAUCUCGGCCCUGGGUAGAUGAAGAUCUCCAAGACAACACAGAACUCAAUCUAGAAGAAGAAGAUAAUGAUGACUGGACACACAGGGAAGUCGACGUGCCUCAAAUCCCUUUCUCCCCUCCGCAGCUCUCCGAAGGUGAAAUGCUGCGCAGAUCUCAGCAGUUUUUCGAGCUGCUGAACAAGAGGAGAAGUGUCAGAUUCAUUAGCCCAAAGCCAGUGCCAAGGGAGGUUAUUGACAAUGUCAUCAGAACUGCAGGCACCUCUCCCAGCGGUGCUCACACUGAGCCAUGGACAUAUGUGGUGGUGGCAGACCCAGACAUGAAGCACAAGAUCCGGGAGAUCAUCGAGGAGGAGGAAGAAAUCAACUACAGACAGAGAAUGGGGGAGAAGUGGGUCAAUGAUCUGAAAAGGCUAAGGACCAACUGGGUUAAAGAGUACUUGGACACUGCACCUUAUCUCAUAUUGAUAUUCAAGCAAGUCUAUGGAAAGCUCUCUGAUGGGAAAAAGAAAACCCAUUACUACAAUGAAAUUAGUGUUUCCAUCUCCUGUGGGAUCCUGCUUGCUGCACUGCAGAACGUUGGCCUGGUCACAGUUACCACCACACCUUUGAACUGUGGUCCUCAGCUGAGAGUUUUGCUGCACCGGCCUGCCAAUGAAAAGCUGCUGUUGCUGCUACCUGUUGGUUACCCAUCAGAAAAUGCCACAGUGCCUGAUCUGAAUCGCAAAAAGCUAGAGGACAUAAUGGUGUUUGUGUAAUAUACCGAGCUGCUCUUGAAAAUGCCUAUAGCAUAUAUCAUGACAUGCACCCUGGAAAGAUAACUAUGCUAAUCAAAGUAAAUGUCUUCAUACUGAGGUGUUCGAAUUAUAAUGGUAUUUGUGCAAGAAAUUAUGUCAUGAUUAGUCAGCUUUCAGUCCAAGUAUGAUGAUUUUAUAAAGUGACUUCUACCUGAAAUUGUAUCUUAAAUCAGAUUUUCUGAGUCUUAAGGGCUUUGUUUCAUAGUGACCAUGCUUUUUGCUACCACAGAAUGUUAUUGUCUUAAUAUCAGUAAAAACUAUACUCAACAUUGUUUUUCUGUCAUAUGACUCUAGACUAAGUACUGUAAAUGGAAAACUGCUGUUAAAAACUAACAAAAUAAAAUGUAACAACGGUGCAAAUGCACCGACUAAAAAUGCUAUGUCCAAAAACAGGUUAUGCUUCUGAAAAACAAAACUAAGGUUCCAAACAAAUUAAAAAUCUCGAAUUUGAUCGUUGAACACAUAAAAUGCCAUGUGUGUCUUAUGCGGUAUCAAAUCUAGCCAGAAUAAGCACAUUGUUUUGAAGUUAAUAUUUCCAAGAGCUAAUUUGUUGAAAGUAGAAAGGGGAUAUUUAUAUCAGGCAGUCAAAAAUUACUUUUAGCAAAAUGCUUACAUGUUAAUGUGUUUAGUGCAGUAGUCUGUUGUGUUAAUCAGCUGUAAGACCAUUAAAGCCUGUUGAUGGGCACUCGCUGUAUGAUAUACUGUAAACACACUCACUAGGUCUGGAGUAGGGAAUCCAAUUCCGGACACUUCCCAAUCCCAGGAGUUAGGGAUUGGGAUUCCAUUUUUGUAAUAAUAAUAAUAUCAUGCUUUUGCUUUUAGUAAUAAUUACUGGUGUGGAUGCGUAAGGUAAUCCACUCACGUGACAGGAAUUAAAUAAUAACGAAAAAGCACAUGAAAGCAUUGCAAGUAAAGAUAACAGUCGUAUCGCUCCAGCUCCAGCACAGAACAAGUGAGUGAUUUCACUGUCUAAGCAGGGCGGUCCAGCUGCCUGCUCAACUCAAUAAUACGGUUAUUUAAAAAUGUAAAGGUAGAUAAAACACUGAACUGAUUAUAACACUGAACAUUUAAACUGCAGAGAGUAAACGUACCUACUAAAUACGACACAUUUUUAAAAGAAGCAAUAUCAUACAGUGACAAUCUUUGAGUUUUUUUUAGCCCACAGACUACAGUCACCACCGCCUUGCUAUUUAAAUAUGUAAGCUAGCCAUGUGUGUGCUCAACGCUCUCACAUAACUCUCAAAUAACUCGUGUACCCCAGUUUGAAAACCACUGAACUAAAUCAAUUGAAUAUAUCUUGCACAUUAUUUUAACCACUGGUUAAAUGAUGCAGCUAUUUUUCACAUAUACAUUUUACUUCAAAUGUGAAAACUAUGAUACCCCCUCCCACUCAUUCUGACAUAACCAGAGUAGUUUUUAAUUGGACUUGUAAAUUAGUUUCCAUGGUUACUGCUGGGGAGCUGGUACUCGGCCGAUUUGAGGUGUAUAAUCACAGCCAUUGCGCAGUACUGUAUGGCAACAGUAGAUGGGACUAUUAAACAAGGUAGAAUUAUUUUUGGCAGCGAUGCAUUUUUUAAAUAGGUGCCAAAUGUGUCCCCUUACUCAAAAAGGGUUAAGAACCUGGCAUAAUACUAUUCAGUUACACAAGUUUGUAAAAUAGCAAUAAAAUAUGAAACAAUAUUUUCAUUGCCAAAAUGUUUCAUGCAAAGGACUGUAUUAAAACAAAUAUACAUAUCUUAUAUAAUAUAUCUUUUUGUUUGUUUUUUUAUGUAACAUUCUCUGCAGAAAAUCCUGUUACAGAACUAUAAACUUAUGUUUCUUCUGUUCUUUUGGUUGUCAAUGCAGAUUGAAAUCAUUACCGAAUAGUUUAAAAAAAAAUAAUAAAAAUAAUUGAAGGAAUAAAAAAAACCUCAAGAUUGUACCCCAA